AUGAAAGAGCUGGACAAUCUGCUUGUGCUAAUAGAAAAAGCAGAGUGGGCGUCGCAUGUGUACAAAGAAGCUGGAGAGGCAUACCAUGCCUCGUACCAGAGGUUCACACAGGCAGCAGUGCAUCCCAGAAACAGGACGUGGAGGUCUGAUGCGCUGAUUCUUUCCCUGCUGAAGCACUGCGACAUCCAGGGGCUUACUUUGCAGGGCAUCAACAAGAUAACGAAGAUGGUCUCUUCAGACUUGGACAAAGCCAUCAAAGCGGCGCAGGCCCACCUCAGGGAAGCCCAGGCAGAGCUGGAGCGCAUGGAAAGAGAGAUGCGCGAAGAGUUCCAAAAAGUGCAAAAGGCUGUGCAAAAAAGAUGCAAGGCCCUUGGCGGCGCAGGCGAUGUAUGGAAGGCAGACUUCGACCUAAAAAAAGAGAUCCGCGUGUAUGUUUCCAAAGAGAGCAAGCUUCGCCUGCUGGAGCAGAAAGCCAAAAGCAGCCACCAGCAGGCCCACGACCUCCUGCUAAAGGCGUAUUAUAGAACGCUGAACGAGUACAUGGCAUGUGCCGCCGGACACCUAAACAUUCUUUCAAAUGACGUCUCAGAGCAUGUAGGCCCUGCGUGCAGCUCAAAGAUUCCGAAAAGCGAGCCUUGUUUGGAAACGCCCACGUCUCUGUCUAUGGGCACGCCAACAGAAACCCCAGACUUGACGCUGGAGCAGCUCGAGAAAACCCGGUUUGGGGAGCUGUACAGCCAGGCCCUGCGGGAAGCCCGGGGAAAGGCCAAGGCCGAUCCGGCUGGCAGUCUGGCAGUGCGCGGGUGCGGCCUUUUCAUAGUUCCCAAAAUAUCAAGCGACCACUUGCUAUUUGUUGUAUGCACAAGCACGGACUAUUUGCAUGCUUUUUCUAUACAGCCAAUAUUAAAUAAGAUAUCUACUGAUUUAUUCAUGGAAGACUCAGAGUGUCCUGUCAAGGCCUUGCAAAGAACGCUCUCCACAUAUAGCGAGCCUGAAAUAGAAAAGAUAAACAGCUACCUGCUCAGUCACAUAGGAGAUCUUUCCGUGAUUGAGAAGGUGUUUCCGAUAAACCUGAAAAAUAUGAGGGUUUCUAUGCGUGGAGGCGGAUGCGAAAUGCUUAUAACAGAAGCGGGCGCUAUGUUCUUUGCCAAGCAGGUUAAGGUGCAAGCGGGCAAUGUUCAGCAAAUGAGAAAGUUCUACUCUCUGGUGAAAGAAGAAGCGUGCUUGGAGGCGGCCCAUGCCCAUAGCUCUGAUGAAACAGGGGCACGUGCCGAGCUCCCACUGUCGUGGUCUCCAGCUACAUAUGAGAACCCUUGGUAG